UUUAUAAAUAAAAAUAUUGUUAGAAUAGAAAAAGAAAGAAGAAGAUAAAGAAGGAUAGAAAGUAUGGAGAAAAUAUUCGAUACAGUUUGAGUAAGAAAAUAAGUGAAGUAUGGAAAUAAGUUAAUGCAUAGUAUAAUAAUUGGAUCAAUUUGAUAAAGGAGUAUAUGUAUGGAUGGAAGGGAAUAAUAGUUAAUUAAUAUAAUAAGAUUAAGGUUUAGGAGAGAUUUAGAAUAGAUUUUAGGAUUUUUAUAGUUUAGAUAAAUUAAAAUAUUCGAAUAGCUGUUGUGUUUACAAAGUAAUAGAGUAGAGGGAAAUCAUGUAGUAUUGAUAAGUUAAUAAUAGUAAUUAAUAAAGAAUAGUUUGUAAGUUUAUGGAUCUGAUUAGUUUUUUGUUAUGUUUGAAAGAGAGUAGAAAUAUAUUUAUACAUCAAGUAUAUUCAGAUAAUUAAAGAGUUUUAGAAAUUGA